ACUAACAUGAAGACUUUCUGUUGUAGAUUACCUGGCUGUAUGGUGACAGCAGAAGGUUGUGCUGCUCUGUCUUCAGCUCUGAGUUCAAACUCCUCACACCUGAGAGAGCUGGAUCUGAGCUACAAUCAUCCAGGAGAUUCAGGAGUGAAGCUGCUCUCUCAAACACUCAAACAUCUGGACAAACUCAAUGUGGGUCAUGGAGGAGAAUUCAGGAUUACGACAGGACUCAGAAAAUACGCCUGUGAUCUCACACUGGACCCAAACACAGCAAACACUCGACUCGUUCUGUCUGAAGACAACAGGAAGGUGAUGAAUGUGAAAGAGAUACAGCCAUAUCCUGAUCAUCCAGACAGAUUCGAUGUGUGUCAGGUUCUAUGUUCAGAGACUCUGACUGGACGCUGUUUCUGGGAGAUUGAGUGGAGCGGAGCUGUUGAAAUAUCAGUGUGUUAUAAAGACAUCGAGAGGAAGGGAGAGAGUGAUGACAGUUUGUUUGAAUAUAAUCUGAACUCCUGGAGUCUGAUCUGCUCUGAUCACGGAUUCACUGUUCAUCACAAUAUAACUCCACUCAUAUCUCUUCUCCUGGAGACUCCUGUAAGAGAGUAGG